UUGCAAACCAGGACAGUCGGGACAUGACUGUUCAUCACAGACAACGUACGAAACAGUGUAACCAAGAUCAGGCCAACUUAAAGAGUGUUUCUUCAUUUUUAUUUUCACACCAGUGUUCCAAAUUUGUCACCUUUCCCUUCCAAAUCCAGCCCCACUUCAUCUUCCACCAAAUGCUGUCAUCUUCAUCAAUAAACACAACCACCACCACCUGCAACAGGAACAACCUGAACCACAAACCCCUCUCUUCCUCACUACCUUCACACUUCUCACACCAAACCCCGACAACCAACAACACUACCAACAAUAAAGCCAUGGAAGAUGUGUGGGACGGCAUCAACCUCACUUCCUUAAGCGGCCACAACACCAACACUACCCCCACCUCCAAAGGUGCAAAUUUUCAAGACUUUCUAGCUCGACCCUUUAACAGCUUCACCGUGGACACAUCUCCGGUGACUGCUCUCACCUUGAGCACGCGCUCUGAGUACCCUCCUCCGCAAAAGGACCUGCAAUUGGUGCAUACUGCUUCAAAGACCGAACCUUUUGCCCACCCAUUUUCGAAUAAAAGAGCCACACCACCUUCAAGGGACAUGCGCGACGCACGACUCAUGAAGAAUCGUGAAUCUGCUGCUCGAUCCAGAGCCAGAAAGCAGGAAAAUAUUGCUUCUUCUACAACUCUUAGCUUUAGAGUGUCACCAAAAUCCACUGUUUCGGGUUUUUUGCUUAACAAUGAUCUUUGUCCGUUUUGCUUUUUCUGUGUAGGCUUACUUGUUUGAGUUGAAGCAAAAAAUAAGCAGUUGCGAGAAGAAAAUGCAAGACUCAGAAGACAGCAGCAACUGCAGUUGGGAAAAAGAGCAACGAAUCAGUGGAAGAAGGGCAAUCUAUAUCGAACAUAUACAGCACCAUUUUAAGAAGCAUUUUACUAUUAGAGUGUUCCUUUUACCCAGAGGCACGUUCCACUGAGACAGAAAUGUACCCUUUAAAGUAUGAAUAUAUGAUGAUGUAACUUUCACAGCAUUAUGUGGCCCUAGCUUGGUAGUUGUAGAUAUUAAGCUCCAUCUUCCAUAAAUGACUAUCUCAAUAGUUACUCCACAUGUGCCUAAAAAUUUGACCAUUAUUGUUGAUGGUGUGGGUGACAUACUUUAUAUCUUUAUUUCAAAAGUUCAAUUAUCUGCACAUGUAGUUGUACUCUCUGGCUGUGGACUUUACACCUUCCCAACAAACAUGAGGA